AUGUUUGCCAUUGAGGAGAUCAACAGCAACCCCUUUCUUUUACCUAACACAUCCCUGGGAUUUGAGGUCCACAAUGUCCCGCAAGCUCAAAGGAACACUUUAGUCAAUCUUUUUCGCUCACUGUCUGGGUCUGAUGGAAUUCCUAACUACAGAAAUGCAACAGAGACCAAUUCAGCUGCUGUACUUACAGGACCAUCGUGGGCAAUAUCUGAAAACAUAGGGACACUGCUGGAUCUUUACAAAUUCCCACAGCCUGGGAACAUAUUUGACAUGGCCAUGAGUGAAGAGAGUUACAAUGUAUACAAUGCUGUGUAUGCUGUGGCCCACAGUCUUCAUGAGAUGAUUUUCAAUCAAUUUCAAACUCAUGGAAAAGGAAAAGAGAUAGCAUUCUUCCCCUGGCAGCUUCACCCUUUUCUAAAGAACAAACAACUCAUCAAUCAUGCUGGAGACAAUGUGGUAUGGGAUUGGAAAAGGAAAUCACAUGUACAGUAUGACAUUUUCAACUUUUGGAAUUUCCCAAAAGGUCUUGGACUGAAUGUGAAAGUAGGAACAUUUUCUCCACAUGCUCCAGAAGGCCAGACUUUGUCCAUAAUUCAUGACAUGAUACAAUGGGCCACCAGAUCGACAGAGAUGCCGAGGUCUGUAUGCAGUGAGAGCUGUCAUCCUGGAUUCAGGAAAACCCACCAGGAGGGCAAGGCUGCCUGUUGCUUUGACUGCACUCCUUGUUCAGAAAAUGAGAUUUCCAAUGAGACAGAUGUGGAUCAGUGUGUGACAUGUCCAGAAACUCACUAUGCAAACCCAGAGAAGACACACUGCCUACAGAAAACUGUGACAUUUCUGGCCUAUGAUGACCCCUUGGGGAAGACAUUCAGCUUUAUGUCUCUGGGCUUUUCCUCACUCACAGCUGUUGUUCUUAUGGUGUUUCUGAAGAACAGAGACACCCCCAUUGUCAAGGCCAAUAACCUGACUCUUAGCUACACCCUGCUCAUCACUCUCACCCUCUGUUUUCUCUGUCCCUUGCUCUUCAUCAGCCGUCCUAGCACAGCCACCUGUGUCCUUCAGCAAAACAUUUUUGGACUUCUUUUCACUGUGGCUCUUUCUACUGUGUUGGCCAAAACUAUCACUGUACUUAUUGCCUUCAAGAUCACUUCUCCAGGAAGAAUGAGGAGAUGGUUGCUGAUGUCAAGAGCCCCUAAUUACAUUAUUCCCAUCUCUACCCUGAUCCAAGUUAUUCUUUCUGGAAUUUGGCUGACAACAUCUCCUCCCUUUAUUGAUAAAGACACUUACUCAGAACAUGGACACAUCAUCAUCAUUUGCAACAAAGGCUCAGCUAUUGCAUUUCACUGCACCCUGGGAUAUUUGGGAGCACUGGCCCUAGGGAGCUACUUUAUGGCUUUCUUGUCCAGAAAUCUGCCUGACACCUUCAAUGAAGCCAAGUUCCUGGCUUUCAGCAUGCUGGUGUUCUGCUGUGUCUGGGUCACCUUCCUCCCUGUCUACCACAGUACCAAGGGGAAGAUCAUGGUGGCUAUGGAAGUCUUCUCUAUCUUGGCUUCCAGUACAUCACUCUUAGGCAUCAUCUUUGUCCCCAAGUGCUACAUCAUAUUACUAAGGCCAGAAAAGAACUCACUUCAUUAUAUCAGGGAUAAUACACAUACUAGGAGAAAAAAACCUUAA